UUAUUUUUAACUUAGCUUAUAAAUAUGGAGAAACUUCUGACCGACUUCAGCUACAUUUGAUGGAUUCUUCCCUAUCUUGGCAAACCCCCUACUUGGAAAAAGCUGCUCUGCUCUCUAUGAUCUAAAACUCUAAAAACUUAUAAGACUUACCAGCCUGAGCUAGAUUACUUGUACACGGCAACAGCUUGGACAGACCAUACAGAAGAAAUAAUAUCUGCAUACUGACAACUGACUGAUUCCGAAUGCUCUCUGACCACUACUAAUAGCUUCAUUGUGUAUUCCAACAGACAGGACCACUUAGAUUUCUUAACCCAUAUUGUUCAGAAAGCAUUUGUUGUCCUUCCCCAAUUAUAUCGAUUAGGAAUUUACUAUAUGGAGAGUUUAGACCAGUCCCAUAUUGACUGAAUUGAUACUAUCAUGCAAAAGAUAUCUCAUCCCAUUACAAAGUUUGAGCUUAACUGAAUGGGAGACAGGCAGGCUCUGGCAAAGUUCAACAAAGGAUUAAAGCAAGCCUUGCCACAUGUAGUCAAAGAGGUUUGCAUUUUUGGAUUUUGAGUAACUUCUGGCGAUCUCAAAACUAUAUUUGAAUCAGCUUGUGAAGCAAAAGUUAUCAAAUUUACAGAUUGUAAACUUGACACUGAGAAUUGGGAUAUAAUAGAAUUUGAUAAAUCUCUCGGAUACCAAACAGAGGAGAUCUUUUUCUUACACAACAAAAUCUUUAUUCCAAAGAUAUCAUCAGAAAGUGAUAUCGGCAACUAAUAAAAGCAUUAAACGGCACAUCAAUGAUAUCAACCCUGAGCACAUUCAGUGUGGAUUGUUCCGAUCUUUCAAUCU